CAAAUCCUCUCGAAAGUUUUCUGUACAUCCAAUACCAUUUUCUCAGAUCUCGUCCGAUCGAUUGAAGCUGAACUUCUGAUCCAUUUCGCUCAUUCAAGUAUACAGUACUCGCAUAGCUGGAAUUUGUUCCAUAUCGUUAUCAUUGGCUGCGGAAAUCGGCAUCGCUUACCUUUUUCUCUGUGGUCACCUUUGAUUUUUGCCGCCACUCAGGUCGUUUUAGAUUUGGUGGAGUUCGGUUGAAGGUUUUCAUAUUCCAUUUCCACCCGUUGUCUUCUUGUGUAAGAGGAAUGAAAAAAGUUGAGUUUUUUUUUGGGAGAAUCUAUUUGGGCUCUUAUGGGCUUAUCUGUGCUCAGAUCCGAAAAUCAUGUUUCCGAUAUGUAUAUAUGUCUGGAUCUGCGCAUUUAUGAAUGUAGAUGUUCAUAACUUGUGUGCGUGUGUAGGAUUGGUUGGGUUUCUCAGUGUUUGCCAUUGAGGUCCUCUUUUCUGGACAAAAUAUAGGAUUGGUAAUAACCAAUUUUAGCUUGGACAUAAUGACAACUUCAUCUCAAAACUAAAACUACCAUAGUGGAUUAGUUACUAUUUAAUAUUUCUGGAGGGAUCUACUUUUUUCAGGCGAUAUGAUUUUAUCUUCAAGCCUUUUUUCCUAGUGUUUCUCUGUAUCAUGGAGUGGCUGCCUCAUAUAAAAGUUAACUACCUGAUAGGCAGGUCAUAUAUUACUUAAUGUCUGCCUAAGCUAAAGUGAACUGAGAAGUGUCAGUAUGCGAAACCCUGUCUAAGGUGUAGAUAGAAUGGAAAGAUAUGUUUUCUUAAAGUACACUCAUUUAGAUGAAGUUUUGCGUAAGUCUAGCAGCCAACUGGUUGAACUUCGUUUAUCAUGUUCUUUUAGUACUCUCCCUUCUAGUCAUCAUAGUUUUUGAGAACUUACUUUUGGAUGCCAUGAAUCCUUGAAUUCAAUGUGCAACCUUUGUUUUUCUCUUUUGUUCUGAUCACGUAAGGAAGUUCAGUUCUCUUUGCCUAUACCCUGCUAUUUUCAAUUUCUUUUUUAGUUGAUGGAUGAGCCAUCACGUUGAUGUUGAUUAUAAACUUUCCACUAUACUUCGAACCAUUUCAUUUGCAAGAUGUUAAUGUUUCUAAGAUAUGCAUUUAGAAGAACUGAGGAUAAUACACCCAAUUGUUCAUGAGUUCAUGUCUAAAUAAAUCUGGAACAAUUACAUGUGUCUAGUUCUGUUUGGUAAGAUCUCACUUUGUUCACUGGCUGACUCCAUUUCUGGAAUAAUUUUGUACCAUUUUUCCAUUUCAAACUCUUCUUUUUCUUUACUUAAACUGUUUAUACAACAGUGACAUUCUUCUUGAUGGAUCCAAGGAGAUAUCUUAAUCCAUGAGUAAAUUGGAAUGUGAUAGUACUUGCACGCUGUAAUUUUUGUUUGUAUGAGACUGAUUGAAACUAAUCUUUAGUUUCUGUUUCAAUGGUUUUGUUUUUAUUGGCACGUAAACUAUAACUGCAUUUUUGACUUUUCGUACAAUUUUCAUCACAGUUGCAGUUUUUCAUUUUUGUGGAGAAUCACCCCAACCAUGUGGAGAUUCAAACCGUUUGCGCAUAAAGAGCAAACUGGUCUGGAAGGACGCGUCAUUGACAUAGGCAAUUUCAAAGUUCAGGUUCGAAACCCCAUUGCAGAGGGUGGAUUCUCAUGUGUUUACCUAGCUCGAGACACUUUACAUGGUUCCAAGCAGUAUGCAUUAAAGCACAUCAUAUGCAAUGAUGAAGAGUCGCAAGAACUAGUGAUGAAGGAGAUUUCAGUUAUGAAAUCGCUUAAAGGGCAUCCUAAUGUUGUCACACUGCACGCGCAUGCUAUCUUUGAUAUGGGUCGCACUAAAGAGGCUCUACUUCUCAUGGAAUAUUGUGAGAAGUCCCUGGUUAAUGUUCUGGAUACCAGAGGAGGAGCUGGGUUCUUUGAGGAGAAGCAGGUGCUAGCAAUUUUUAGAGAUGUAUGCAAUGCUGUCUUUGCAAUGCACUGCCAGAAACCGCCAAUUGCUCAUAGGGAUUUGAAGGCAGAGAAUCUUUUGCUGGGGUCUGAUGGCUUGUGGAAAUUAUGUGAUUUUGGCAGCACUUCUACUAACCAUAAACGCUUUGAGAGACCUGAAGAAAUGGGAAUUGAGGAAGAUAACAUAAGGAAACAUACGACACCUGCAUAUAGAGCCCCUGAGAUGUGGGAUCUGUUCCGAAGAGAUCUUAUAAACGAGAAGGUAGAUAUAUGGGCGCUCGGGUGUCUCUUAUUCCGCAUAUGUUACUUGAAGUCAGCAUUUGAUGGUGAAUCAAAGCUCCAAAUACUAAAUGGGAACUACCGAAUUCCAGAUUUACCCAAAUACAAUAAAUUCCUGACGGACCUUAUCCGAGAUAUGCUUGAGUCGUCCCCUGAAGACAGACCAGAUAUCACGCAGGCAAGCGUGUGGUUUCGUGUUAACGAUCUUUUGCCUGAUGGGAUGCAGAAAUCAUUACCGGAUAGUCCUCCCGAAAUGCAGCAACACGGUACUGAUGUGCUUGCAGGCACCCAAAAGCCUGCUAACAAGCCUAGUCCAAUGCCUCGUAGGAGCCCCCCUCCUCCACCCUCAUCCGAAGCACCCCAAAACGUGUCAUCAACUUCAAAUAAUUCGAGAGCAAGUGAUAACCUUGGUCCUCUUGGUGCUUUCUGGACAACUCAGCAUGCACAAAAUUCAGAAACCAUGGAGGAGAAAACCAAACCAAAAUACGAUGAGGAACCACACAAAAAUAAAUUAUCUGGAAAUGAGAAGAUCCGUCAUGAUGGGCACACAGUUUCUCAUAUGCCCGCUCAAAAGGAGCAGAAUUUUCAAUCUCAUGCCCAGAAGAAUGCUCAAGGCAGACCGGCCAGCAGGCUAAGUGGUGGCCCAAGCCCAACUAAGGACUUAAAUCUGUUUCCAAACAAUUCUAAUAGUAUUAUGGAAAGAUCAAAACAGCCCAAACCGGAGGUCACUCCAGCCGUUCAACAAAAUGAUGAUUAUAAUGCUUUUAUUUCUGUGUUCAAUUCUAAUACCGAACAGAGACUUGGAGGAGACCUUCAGAAAUCGGAUAAGGAAGAAAUGUUAGAGGCCGAGGUGGAAAAGCUGAAGGAGCAGCUUGCACAUGUGAAUGCGGAGAAGGCAGAAAUAACCUCCAAAUAUGAAAAGCUUUCGGCAAUUUGUAGGUCACAGAGACAAGAGAUACAAGACCUUAAGCUUGCUCUAGCUGCGAGAAAUCCAUCACCGAAUAGGGAUUCUUCUUCUAGAAACCUGCCUUCUCCUGGAAGCCACCCAUCCACUGGUCAACCGCAAAAUGAGAAGAUUGAAGAAACUGUAUGGGAUCUCCAACAGGGUUUCAUUAGCCGAGGGUCUCAAAGCCCGGAUUCUAAGAAGUGGCAGGCUUUUACUGAUAACCCCAAGGCACAAACUUCGCCGUCAAAUAUUGCUCCAAGAUCCGUCAGAACCAAAAACGGUGAGAAGAACAAAAAUCAGGUUGUCGAAGGUGGCAAUUCUUGGGGAUUUGGCACCGACACUUUUAAGGUGGCCUCUGCCGCUAGUUCUAAGAUAAAUGUCCCUACAGCUGGCGAGUUCAAUAAUUCUCAGGGUUCUGGUGGCGAAUCAAAGAGCACCGAGAGUAACUUUGUGGCACAACCUGCUGGAUGGGCCGGUUUCUAAGAUUGACCCAAAUGGACGACGAGAGCCUUUGAGAAAAAGGACAUCUCGUGAAAAUACCAACGGUUUGUUUUUUGUUGUUGAGUUUGUUGUGUGUUAUAUACGAAAUGCGGUCAUGACAGUAUUAACAUAUGCUUCUUCCAUGCCCUGAACUCGCCUUUAGGGAAAUUGAUGGGUUUUAUGUAGAUUUUUGAUUUACCGACUUUUGUUAUGGAGUUGACAUUUUAUAACUAUUCUCUGCUAAAUGGAGGCAUUGUGAGGCUAUAAACUUCAUUCUCAUAGGUAUUUGCAUCUGUUUACAACUGUGCUCUGUUUGGUUUGAUGCUGAUCUUGAUUAUGGGAGGAUGCAACAAUCAAAUUGAUAUGAUGAUGUGUUUUCUUACAUGCUCUGGUGUGCGAUAAUGUAUUAUACAUAUGAAUGUAUUUUAUCUGGGACUACCUUUUAUGGUAAAAAGCAG